AUGUCGCGCAAACAUCGAAAGGGGACAGAAGAUAUUGAAGAAGGCGAUAUAGUGACCGAGGAAGAACUUAAAACUAUUCGCCGGCAGUCGAAAUCGUCAGCUUGGGUUAACGAUGAAAUGGAUAGCUACACUGUGGUAUCUGAAGUUAUUGUACAUAGAGAGAUGGAGCAAAUGGAAACAACAUUUACAUCUCCUACAGCACGAAGUGUUUCAUCUAUUGUGUCAGCUACUAAAGACAGAAGAAGGAAGAAAAGCAGUAGCCAUUCACUGUCACCGAAGUCAAAAGCCUCCAGUAGUGAUGUGAUAGAAGUCCCAUCUCCUACAGUGAGAACAACCUCUCCGUCCACCUCCGUUUUUCAUUCGCCAGAGAAACUGAACAGUGACACGAAUAUUGUCCCUGUGCAUGAAAAUACAUCAAAACUUGGUCUGGUACAAGAACAUUCCACAAUUGAUCCAAAAAAUGAAGCUAUGUCUCCUAAAGAGCAACCCAGUGAUUUAAAUGAAACCAUUAGAUUGGCUUCUCAUAUAGAAAAAGUUAAAAGUAAAGUAAAGACGAAGCACAAAGAACAUUUGUUAUCCAAAAACAGACAACAGCCUCAUUCUAAGCAAGGUAUGCUGAAGAAGAUAAGUAAAAUUGGAAAGGUUGCCGUGAAUGGAGAAGCAGAAUUAAAAUCAUUGGAGAAGGAAGCAGUUAGAGAGAAAUGGAAGAAUACUUUAUCAAAAACAAAAGAGAUUGAUUAUUAUGACUGCAAAAUCUUGCAUGGGUUGAGGCCUUGUGUAUAUGAGGUGUAA